ACUUCCGCGAUAACGGGAUCCAAAACAAGCCAAUGUGACUAGACAGGACUUGAAUACAUUUUCUGCUUUGAAAAUGCCGCGACAACCAGUAAAAAGUGGUAUAUGAAAAUGAGUGUGUCCACGGGAUUCCAGCUUGGUUCAUACGGAUAUAACAAAUUAAAAAGGACUAUAACGAAGGAAGAAAAACAUCUACUUUCAGUUGUUUUCCAUGAAGCAGAUGAGAGAAACAAAGGUUUUUUAACUAGAGAGGAUGUAAAGGUGGCAAUAGUUGAGCUGUUUGGGUAUAAACCUUCUAAGUAUGAAGUUGACCAAAUCAUGAAUAACUACGGCAUCACAUACGAUAAUUGUAUUGGACUUCCUCUGGAAAACUACAUGACUGUAAUGUCCGAGAAAGUGGUUUCAGCAGAUGAAGAUGAAAACAUACGACACACUUUUAUGGCCUUCGAUUCACAAUGUAGAGGAUUUCUAGCAGUUGAUGAUUUGCAGAAGGCUUUCAGUCGAGUGGCACCCCAUAUUCCAAAUCAUACUGUACAAUCCUGUUUCAGAGAACUAGAUCGUGAUGGAGAUGGACGUAUAAGUUACAAGGACUUUGACUUUAUGAUGAAAUAUGAUACAAAAUCUCAUAUAUAAAAGAAUGUGAAUUCAAACUAAAACUGUCAACAAAUGAUCAUAAGUGAGAAUAAACAAAUUCACAAUAGAAA